UUCUGGUUGUCAUGGCAACUUCUAAUAAAGUAAUCGAGGGAAUGCUGAUGUUGUAGGGUACCUAAGAGGUGGUUAGAAAGAUGCAAGAGGAGAUAAAAAAAGCUAAAGCCUUCCUUCUGAAAACAAGUUCAACAUCAUCUAAAAAUGUAUAUGACCAUUUAAGUGAUGUGUUAAGCAAAAUUUUAGAGGAAAGGCCAAAUCACUGUGUUGAUGUAUUUGAAGACAUCAGUAAAAAUGUAAAAAAAGGAAAGACUGAGGAGUCUGAGGAACUAGAAGAUGACAAGGAAAGCAAAGAGACUGCUGAAGUACACCAGAAACUGUUUGAGAAAGAUGGUGAUGGAGAAGGUGGUGAACCUGAGACAGAAGAAGAUAUUGAAACCCCUCUCCCUGAUCUCAUGAAUUUAAAUUUUUACUUUGAACAAGCUGGAAUAGGAUUGAGCCAUGAAGAAAUGUUUAGAGUAUUUCUCGCAUUAAAGCAGCUGGUGGAUACUAAACCAUUACAAAUGGUUCGUUUUUGGGGUAAAGUGCUUGGUAUUGAGUCAAAUUAUUAUGUGGCAGAGGUAGAAUACAGGGAAGGAGAAGAAGAGGAGGAUGAAGAAGAAGAAGAACAGGGUGAGGGUGAAGGAGAUGAACAGGCAAAGGAGGAGGAUAAAGGUGAAGAAGAUGAUGAAGGUGGUGAAGAAGAUGAUACACCCAAACCAGAGUGGAAACCGCCCCCAGUUAUACCUAAAGAGGAAAACAGAACUGGCACUAACAAGAGAACUUUCUUUGUUACAACUGAUCCUGGUAAACCUUGGAUAAAACUUCCAGCUGUGACCCCUGCACAAAUAGUAGCUGCAAGAUGUAUUAAAAAAUUCUUUACAGGAAGACUGGAUGCUCCGAUUGUGAGUUAUCCACCUUUCCCAGGAAAUGAAAUGAAUUAUCUGAGAGCACAGAUUGCUCGCAUUUCAGCUGGAACACAAGUUAGCCCUGCAGGGUACUACAUGUUUGAAGAAGAGGAGGAGGAGGAAGAUGAAGGAGAAGUGCGUGACUCUUACAUGUUGAAUGUUGACUUUGAGGGUAUAAGUGUGAGAGAACUUGCAGAUCCAUCACUUCAUAACUGGGUGCAUCAUGUACAGCAUAUAUUACCACAGGGUCGCUGUGUUUGGCACAAUCCUGUUGAAAAACCUGAAGAUGAUUUUGAAGAGGAAGAAGAGGAAGAUGAAAAGGAAGACAUAGAGGAACCAAAACCAGAAUCAGGGCCGCAGUUAUUGACCUCCAUUGCAGAGGAUGAUGCUGUUAAUGGGAUGCCGGCGUGGACUCCUAACAUGUCGUCAGAGUUACUACCUCAGUAUGGCCUCGCUAUCAUGCGCUCCAACAGGUGGCCUGGUGCAGUGGCUUUUGCCAAAGACAGGAAAUUCGAAAAUUUAUAUGUUGGAUGGGGACACAAAUUUGAUGCGGACAACUACACCCCGCCCCCACCCCCUGCUGCCAUGGAGGAGUACCCUGUGGUACCGGAAGUAACAGAGGUGGAUGACCCAACAGUAGAGGAGGAGAGAGCACUGAAAAAGGCGCAGGAGGAGGCCAUGGAGGCUGCAGAGGAUAUGGAUGAUGUAGAUGAUGACGAGGAUGACGACGAUUAAGAAACUUUACUCAAAUAUCACGAUUACUAUUUAUCUUUUAGACAAGACUUGGUUUUAACCAAGAAUUGCCAACCUACCAGAUUUUUGAAAAUACAAUUGACGAUUUAUGAUGUAUAUAGUUUAAUCUCUCCUUGAAGAAUAAACGGUUGUUUCCUGUU